UAACCAGCCGGAUCUUGCAAACCCGCUCUCAUCGGCGGCUUCAUCCGCUCAUCCUGAUGUCUUGGCUGACGGAAUGAGCCCGAUCGACGUUUCACCCGAUUCUCAAUGUCUACACUUGCCUCCGUCGUCUCCGACGGCUCGCCUGGAUCAUUUUUGCUAAUUGACGAUGUAUCGCCGUUGAGAGCCUGGGCCGCUAAGUCUGAAGCUAUUAUAGAUCGGGUCCUAGGACGCUUGGAGGGUGGAACGGUGGACGUGUCGGCAGCAAGGGCGGGUUUCUUAUGUUUCACGGAUGUGUUGGGAGCUGCGGAUUCAUCUCCUUCUUCACCAGAGGCGUCGCGGGAUGACGGCUGAAGCAAUUCGGCAGUUGAUGACUGGGGGAUAUCGGGAGCGGGUAGGUGGGAGACGCUGCGUUUCCGCUUCGUGGCCGUUGACGACGGCGACGACAUUUGCGUGUUCUUUAAGGAUAGAUGUACGUUCGGUCGCCUUCUGCACGCGUCCUAUUCCGAGGAAUCAGGAUUGAGUGUCUGACAGGGCGAGAUCCGGAAAGGUUGUUCGAAGAAGGGGGUUUCAACUUUCAAAUGUGUUGGUUUCCAAUCUUCCUCAGGUUUACCAAUGGCGGUGGAUCCCGAGCUCCAUUCCCGCGAUUCCGGACAGCAGGUGGAGAACUGUUCUCCAGAACAAAAACAAAAAGGCGAUUUCUGGAUUCAAGGAUUGGAAUUACUUAGACGGCGCACUGUGGCCUUUUCUUUUUCUUUUUUUUCCCACUGAUAGAGAAUGAUGGAAAAGGGGGUGGGUUCUUAUUUUUAUUUUUUCUCAAAAGCUAUGAUGAUCAUCUUGUUUUGCAGGGAUACGGAUGAAGCGGCACUUGGCCUACGUAGCAUAAUAUCCCGCCUCAUCGGUUGUACCCUGCCGCGAAGUGUAAAAAGAAGAGAAAUUGAUUUGCUCUGAUUGCUCCUCAUCUUAAGAAGACUGAUACAUAGUGUCUAUAGAAUCGUCGCGGGUUGGAUUUGCAAGCUCGCACAGACGAGUUUACGACAACCUGCCAGUGGGAUCGCUGCAUUCUUCACGCCUCAGCGCUUGACCAAAUAAACACGGCCCGUUCAAAGAAAGUAUGCUACCUCCUCAAGCAGAAACCGUUUCCCUUUGCAACAGCGUGGGCUUGGUGCCGGGAAUUUCUGUAAGAUAGGGCAAACAGUGGACACAAGGGUAAAAUGGGAAGAAGGCUAUUUAUCCUCAGCUUGCACACUCGAAGAUUAAAUUAACCCAUGUAAACGCCUCGACAGGGUGAUAACGGACAAUGAAAGGGAACACAAAAAGAAAAAGGGAACAAAGGAAGAGAAUAGGAAAAAUGGAUGGAACCCCUCCACGAUAUCAGAAAGAAAUGCAUUCAUAGAGGAAAAGAAAAGUCGAAAAAGCUGGUGACAAGGGCAUAGCAUACGUGCACGGCAGCGCCGAAGGCUCACGUAUGUAGUCGAAAGUUGUAUUCGUCAUGAGGCCUCCGCAGGCACGCCACGGAAGCCCAGGGGAAAAUAAUCAGCAAGUACAAGAAGCAAAGAAAUGGAAAAAGGAGAAGAAAAAUCCAUCACGAAAAGGUCACAAAGCUCGAGCUCAUGUCAAAUACCCCCAACACUGGUUAAUGCAGAAUCAUUACUUUCGAAGAA